AUGUCGAGCAACAACCAAGAACCCAGCCACGAUGAGAGUCUCAGUAACCUUCCUGCUGGCGCAACAGAUGUCAGCCUGGGAGAAGGCCAGAAAGACCCUCUAGGCAAUGCCCUGAACAAAGGACUUUCUCCUGUCGGCACAGCUAUUGGUGGUCUCACAAAUGGAGGAUACACCAAGAGCAAAGAGAUGGAUAAGCCUCAAGAAGAAGAGAAGAUUGGCGGAAAGGAGCAGACUGGACAGAAUCCCUUAGGGCUGUAA